UUUUUUUUUUUUUUUAUGUCUUUUAUUUUUGGUGUAGCCUUACGACGCAGAUCAAGCGUUCUUCUCUCUCCUCGAUACAAUAACUUAUUUUCAAAGUUUAUCAAUACAAUGACAACAACAAAAAUCGAACCCUCUUUUACUGCUGCUUGUUGUAUCAUUGGUGACGAAAUACUUAAUGGAAAAACUAGAGAAUCCAAUGCUUAUUUUUUAUCACGAUAUCUUUUUGAUAUGGGUAUCAGCUUGAAACGGGUUGAAGUCAUAGCUGACGAUUAUGAUGCUAUUGCUGAAACGGUAACUCGACUUUCUAGUCAGCACGAUGUUGUUUUUACAAGUGGUGGAAUUGGUCCAACUCACGAUGAUAUUUCAUACGAUGCUAUUGCCAAAGCUUAUUCAUUACCAUUACAAUUAGACAAUACAACUUGUGAAAUGAUGAAAGAAAUGUCAAAAGAUCGUUACCCUGAUUGGACAUUGACGGAAGCUCGGAAACGUAUGGCUCUUUUCCCUUAUCCAUCCAAGAUUCUUCGUGUUGAUCCUACUUUAUGGGUACCUGUGGUUGUUGUUAAUGAUAAUAUUCACAUUCUUCCUGGAAUUCCUAGACUUUUUGAAGGAUUGAUCAAAUCAUUACGUCCCUACUUGGAAGAUGCCAUGGCCAAGAAACAAAUUACAGGCAAAUACUAUCGAAUGGAAAUCGCUACAAAAAUGACGGAAGGUAAGAUUGCUUCAUGUCUUUCUGCAACUCAAGCUCUGGUGGAUGAAAAACAUAUCAAGAUCGGUAGCUAUCCCAAGUGGUCAUCUGGUCCUGAUGGUGAACGUGUUGUUGUUAGUAUUGUGGGCAAGGAUGAAAUCGCUGUUAAAGAAACUGCACAAUCUAUUGCCAGUGUUAUUGAAGGUUGGGAAUACAUUAGAAAACAUUAGAUUUUUCUUUUUACCAUUUUAUUUUUACCAUACAUUUAGAAAAUAAAAAUUGUAUUUUUAGUUCCUCCUCUUUUAUAUCAUCAUUAUCAUUCCAUUUGUCAUAU